AUGCCGUUAAUAUUUAAAGGUUUCAAUCGUAUGGCAAAACCUUUUGCUGUUACUGCACAAUUUUCUGCAAAACAUCCAAUACAUGUCAUAUUAUCUGUUUUAUUUGUAACUACAGUUGCAUACCUUUCAGUGAUCCAAUAUUAUUUCAAUGGAUUCCAAUUCACUACCACAUUGGAGAAUCAAGUUUCCGAUCUAACAGACUAUGAAUUCUCAAAUAUCUUUCAAACUUGUACCCAUUUUUAUAAAGAGUCUCCAAGGGCUCAAGAAUGGACCCAAAUAUCUUUGACUCAAGCAAAAGAAAAUUUCCCUGAAUCAAACCACUUCUUCUUACAUAAGCUAAGAUUUGACCCUAAGGACGCUGUUACUCCAAUUUUACCAACAUUCAAUAAUACAAUCUAUGAUAAUAAUAAUACCAAAUAUGUUCUUGAUCAAAACCCUGGUGCUGUUAAUGAACAAUUCAAGUAUCACAAAGGUGUUGCCCACUUAACUCAAUGGAGGGAAAUCAAUCAUCAAGGAAGUAAUUGGUUUGAUUUAGCAAGAAUUGUUACUAAUCUUUACGAAUUAGGUACUAAUCAUAUUAAUGAAGCCGAUUCAUUUGAUAUUAUCAUCAUUUCUAUGGCAUAUGUAACCAUGGUCUAUACUAUAUUUAACCUGUUUGUUAAAUUGAAUCAAGAAAGUGAACAGUCAAAUUACUGGUUAGGUAUCUCAACAAUUGUUAACUCUGGUUGUUCUUUGGUGUUAUCAUUAUAUGUUACUCAAUGUUAUUUAAAUAGAACAGUUCCUAUUCUGAGUUUAGUUGAAGGUCUACCAUUUUUAAUUGUAAUAUUAGGUUUCAAGAAUCAAAUCAAACUGGCCACUAAUGCUUUGAAAAAAAUAGAAAAGAUUAGUAUUUCAAAGAAAAUCACUCCAGAUAGAAUUGUCCACGAUGCAAUGCUUGAAGAAGGUGGUCGCUUGAUCCAAGAUAAUUUAUUAUGCUUGAUUGCAUUCACAGGUUGCUCCAUCUACGCUAAAAACCUAUCAAUUUUAAGCAAUUUCUGUAUCUUAUCGGUAAUGAUUUUAAUAUUCGAAGUGUUCUUAACUUGUACUUUCUAUUCUGCUAUCAUCUCUUUAAAAUUGGAAAUUAAGGUCAUCCAUAGAUCUACUAUUAUUAAACAAACCUUGGAAGAAGAUGGUGUUAUCCCAAUGACUGCCGAAACCAUUUCUAAUGCCAAAGAAAACAAAUCCACCAACAAUAUUUGGUUACUAUCUCCAACAUCUCUAGCCUUCGGUAAAUUAAUCUUAGUAGGUGGUUUCUUAUUCAUCCACAUUUAUAACUUCGGUUUAGGUUCUUUCUCCAAUUAUCAAAAUUUUGUUGAUUAUAUCAUGAAUUACUCAUCAGAUAACGAUACCUUCAUCACUCAUCCAAAGACCUUACCGAAAUUCAUUAAACUAAUCAAUAAUUCUGACAAUAGUGAUAGGAGACCAAUCCUUAUUUCAUUAAUCCCAACGCAAUAUUAUGAACCAACUAAGAAAAUCCACGAAAUUGAAGAUUUUAUUUGUGACCUUUUACGCUAUGUUAGCAAAGCCAUUCGUGAUAGAUUUAUCAGUAAGCUAGUAUUUUUUGCCCUAAUAAUUAGUGCUUCGAUCAAUAUAUACUUACUACAUGCAGCAAGAAUUCACAUUAACUACACUGCUGAUGAUCUAGUUCGUAAGAAGGAUUCUUUAUUGAAAAAGAUCAGAGAAGUUCCAUCCUUAGCUGGUGCCUCUUCAAGUAAAAAUACUAAGAAUGAUAAAAUCACUAAGAAACAAAAAAAUAACAAGAAUAAGUCCCAAACCCCACCAAAAUCUGCCAAUAAAUCUGCUAUCACAAGUAACCCUUCCCAAUCAUCGUUAUCAUCAACUACUUCUUCUGAAAGUGAUGAGAAUUCUAAACCAUCUCAUACUGUUGAGGAGAUCGAGGAAAUUUUGAAAACAGGAAGUGAAAUUAAAGACUUACAAAAUAAAGAUGUUGCCACUUUGGUUAUCAACAAUAAGUUACCGCUUUAUGCACUAGAAAAGAAAUUAGGUGAUACAACAAGAGCUGUUCUUGUUCGUAGAAAGGCUUUGGCUGUCUUAGCUGAUUCUCCAGUUCUAUCUACUGAACGUCUACCAUACAAACAUUACGAUUACGAUAGAGUAUUUGGUGCUUGUUGCGAAAAUGUUAUCGGUUACAUGCCUUUACCGGUUGGUGUUAUAGGCCCUUUGGUCAUUGAUGGUGUACCAUACCAUAUUCCGAUGGCAACCACAGAAGGCUGUUUGGUUGCAUCUGCUAUGCGUGGUUGUAAAGCUAUUAACUCUGGUGGUGGUGCGGUCACUGUCUUAACUAAGGAUGGUAUGACUCGUGGUCCAUGUGUGCGUUUCCCUUCUUUAGCUAGAUCAGGUGCUUGUAAAAUUUGGUUAGACUCCGUUGAAGGUCAAGAAAGGAUCAAGAAAGCUUUCAAUUCAACUUCAAGAUUUGCUAGAUUACAACAUAUCCAAACUGCCCUUGCCGGUGACUUGCUUUUCAUUAGGUUCAGAACUACAACUGGUGAUGCUAUGGGUAUGAAUAUGAUUUCUAAAGGUGUCGAAUUUUCCUUGAAACAAAUGGUUGAGGAACUAGGAUGGGAAGAUAUGGAAGUUGUUAGUGUUUCUGGUAAUUACUGUACAGAUAAGAAGCCUGCUGCAAUUAAUUGGAUCGAAGGCCGUGGUAAGAGUGUGGUUGCAGAAGCCACCAUUCCUGGUGAUGUUGUUAGAAACGUGUUAAAGAGUGAUGUUGCCGCGCUAGUUGAAUUAAACAUUUCGAAGAAUUUAAUUGGUUCUGCAAUGGCUGGUUCAGUUGGUGGGUUUAAUGCUCAUGCUGCUAAUUUAUUAACUGCGGUUUAUCUAGCCUUAGGUCAAGAUCCUGCUCAAAAUGUUGAAAGUUCUAAUUGUAUUACAUUAAUGAGAGAAAUUGAUGGUGAUCUUAGGAUUUCUGUUUCUAUGCCUUGUAUUGAAGUAGGUACCAUUGGUGGUGGUACAGUGCUAGAACCUCAAGGUGCAAUGCUAGAUUUACUAGGUGUCCGUGGACCUCAUCCAACUAGUCCCGGUUCGAAUGCAAGACAAUUAGCCAAAAUAAUAGCAUGUGCUGUCAUGGCUGGUGAAUUAUCUCUAUGUGCUGCUCUAGCUGCUGGUCAUCUUGUCCAAAGUCAUAUGACUCAUAAUCGUGCCAAGAAACCUGAGAGUACUCCGACCUUAACUAAUCAAACUGCAUCAUCAGUUACAAACGUCGCAAGCAAUGCCUCCACACCAGUCAACGAUAUCGAGCGCCUAAAAGAAGGAGCAGUUACUUGCAUUAAAUCCUAG